AUGAAUCAAAUGUCAAGAGAAGAAAUUAAUAUUAGACGACUUUUAACAAAAUGUGAAUUAAUGGCAAAAGAUGAUCCUCAUAAGGAUUGGAAACUUGAAAAGUAUAUUUUUACUUUAGAUGAUAUGAUCAAACAAUUACAAACAUUACCAAGCAAAUCAUCUAAAGAUACUAUAAUGGGUUAUAGUAAACGAAUAGAUUUUUUAAAAGGAUUAGUAAAUACAACAAAACUUACAAGUCCAGUAGACAGAGUUGUAGCUGUACAAAUGUUACCAAAAAAUUCUACAACAUUUAAUGAUUCAAUAGGUCCAAAUAUAACAACUCAAAUACAUCAAAAAACUUCUGCAAAAUAUAAUAGAGAAUUAUCUGCUGAAUUAUUUCAUAGUGAGAAAGGAAUAUCAGAAGAUGGUAUAAGGCAGAGAUUAUCUACUACAAACAUGCAAGAUGAUGAUUUAGAUGCACUUAUAAAAUACAAUAGAAAUAUCCAAGAAAAGAUUGCUGAAAAUAUGAUGUCAAUGACUAGUAGUAUGAAAGAACAUGCUUUAGCAGCAAAUGCUAUUAUAAAAAAAGAUAUUGGCUUACUUGAAAGAUCUGAUAAAUUAACAGAUGUUAAUACAACUAAAUUAAAAUCAGAAUCAUUAAAACUGCAAGAGCACACACAAUCAUAUUGGCGUUGCUGGAUGUGGUUGAUGAUAGCAUUUGUGUUAGUUGUAUUUUUCAGUCUCACCACGAGGAGGUGGCUAUAUAAUCGAGAUCCAGACCUUAGGGGCCCCUAAACAACGAACGAGAUUCUACUGGCAGUUUCCUGUAAUAAAAACGUGUAUGUUUCUUGGAACCUUGUUGUUAUUUGGAACGAAAUAAGUUCUUUUUUUCUUUGAGCCGGGAGUAGUAAAAGUUGGUUGGAAUAA